CAGCCUUCGGCCCUGCCCGGCCCUGCUCGGGGCCGCCGCAGGUCCGAACCGCUUGGGGAGUCCAGCGCGCCUCGGCCCAGUGGGAGCGGCUGGACGGACCCUCACCCUGGGUCUUAAAACAUGAGGGGAGGUGCAGCAGCCCCAGGGCUGUCCCCACCGGCCUGCUGGGGACGGCAGGUGAGCGGCUGUGCAGGAUGCCUCUUCCUGUGGUUGAAGUCGACGCCACGGCCCAAAUUCUCUGUCUGUCUGCUGGGGGACCAGCAACAUUGCGAUGAGGCCAAAGCAGUUGACAUCCCUCACAUGGACAUAGAAGCUCUAAAGAAGCUCAACAAAAACAAGAAGCUGGUGAAGAAGCUGGGUUGUCUCCUUGCAGCUAAGAAGUACGAUGCCUUCCUGGCUUCUGAGUCCUUGAUCAAGCAGAUUCCUCGAAUCCUGGGCCCAGGCCUGAACAAAGCUGGGAAAUUCCCUUCUCUCCUCACCCACAAUGAGAAUCUGGUGGCUAAGGUGGAUGAGGUCAAAUCAACCAUCAAGUUUCAGAUGAAGAAGGUGCUCUGUCUGGCUGUUGCUGUGGGUCACGUGAAGAUGACAGAAGAUGAGCUUGUCUACAACAUCCACCUGGCCAUCAACUUCCUGGUGUCGCUGCUGAAGAAGAACUGGCAGAACGUGCGAGCUCUGUACAUCAAGAGCACCAUGGGGAAACCCCAGCGCCUCUACUAAAGGGGGGCAGCAAUAAAUUCUGCAGGCACCCACA